AUGGAAUAUGAUGAAAAUACAAAUGAAAUAUUAUUUGAAUCAUCAAAAUUAACUAUUCCACAUAUGAUUGAAUUAGAUAAAAAUAAAUUUAAUUUUAAUGUAUUAAAAAAGCGUGUUCAAGAACUUUACAUGGCUUCAAAAAUUAAUUCAAAUAAAGAUAUGAGUCAAACAUGUUUGAAUAUUGAAAUUAAAGACUUCAUUGAAUUUGGAUAUCAAAUGAAUGCUAAUGAUCUUUUACCUAUAUGGGCACAGUAA